GAACACAAUAUUGUAAAACAACUAUACCCCAGUUAAAAAAGAAAGUUAGAGAUUCCAGCCCCUCCUCCCUCAAGAUUCUCCGCUCAGCCCCUGAGCCUCUCCUCACUCAUGACCAGGGUUCCAGUUCCCUGCUGCUCCGCCGGCCCCCGAGUGGGAGGAGCUGGGUUAGGGGGCUGGUGGUCCCAGUUAAGAGGCUCCAGAGUCUGUGCAGGCAGGCAAAGCUGAAGCUCGGGGUGCUCUUCCUCCGGAUCCGAAUCAGCAGGUAACCCCGCCCCCCGAGUUCCGUAAGGUCAGAGGCCAGAGUUCUCAGACACAGGCAUCAGCCCCCUGAGCUCCCUCCUCCAGGGCCCAGGACCUCAGCCUCUGAUCCCUUCCUCCCUUGAGGCCCAGGAAUCCGCACCCCAGCCCCUGCUCUCCAAGACUGAGGAGUCCCAGCUCCCAGUUCCCUUUCCCUUCAGACCGGGCGUCCGGGGUCCUAACUCCCUCCUUCCUUGGAAUGUAGGAAUCCAGCCCCUGAGCUCCCAGCCCCUCAGAUUCAGGAAUCUGGAGCCCCAUCCCGUUCUUCAGAGCCAGGGAUCUGGGUCCCCAGCCCCUUCCUCCAGUGGGACCCAGAAGCACUACUCCAGAAGCUCUGCUUCCUCUGCAAUCCCAAGACCCCUAGGGUCUCAGCCCUGUCCUGUCUGUCUCCCGGACCCCACCAUGGGACAUCCCACAGCUGCUGCAGAGUCAAUCUAGAUGUUCCCGCUCUUGCUGUUGGAAUCCCGGGCAGGACACUUGAGAGCACAGGAGACCGAGGUGCUGGAGGGCCAGGAGUGCAGGCCCCAUUACCAGCCCUGGCAGACGGCCUUUCUCCAGGGUGUCCAGCUAAUAUGUGGGGAUGUUCUCAUAGAUGACCACUGUGUCCUCACAGCAGCCCACUGUAAAAAAAGGAAAUACACAGUCCGCCUGGGAGAUCACGGUCUGCAGAAUAAGGAUGGGUCAGAACAAGAAACGGCUGUGGCUCAGUCCAUCCCACACCCCUGCUACAACAGCAGCAACAAGGACCACAACCAUGAUCUGAUGCUCAUUUGACCAUGUGAAUGGGCAUCCCUGGGGCUCAAAGUGAAGCCCAUCAACCUGGCAGAUCACUGCCCUCAAGUUGGCCAGAAGUGCACCAUCUCAAGCUGGAGCUCUGUCACCAGCCCCCAAGAGAAUUUUCCUGACACCCUCAACCGCACAGAAGUAGAAAUUAUUCCUGAGAAGCAGUGUGAAGAUGCCUACCCUGGGCAAGUCACAGAUAGUAUGGUCUGUGCAAAUGAAAGCAGUGGGGCUGAUACAUGCCAGGUGAGUGACUUCUGA